CUGCAGUUGUUGCCCUUCACAUUGCCGUCACGGCAAAAUUUCCAAGUAUUCAUUGAUGACCUCCUUCUCGCACCAUUUCGUAGAGUUGAACGAGAAUAUAUUUGACGUCGAUACCUUGCAUUGGUAGAGUGUGCAACGAGCUUCAUUUCGAGCCUAGCUGUAGUUAAUCUUGUGGGGGUUUCAGCGAUUUCAAAGAGGUAUAUUCUGUGUCGGUUGAGGCUAGUUGCGAGGACUGUUGUUGUCCAGAUCCGUGGAGCCAUGGACGGAGGUGGGCCGGACUGGAAGGGUUUGCUGAAAUGGAGUAUUGCUCACAGCGACGGUACCCAGGCUCCUCGUCAACUCAGUGAAGAGGAUAAGAGGUUUUUCGCGGAAGCCAUGGAAUCACAGACUGUGGAUAUCAUUAAGCGAAUGAAAGAGAUUUCUAUGGUGAUGAAUAUGCCCAGUGAAGUUCUUGAAUCCCAGGGUGUUACUGUAGAAGAACUUGAAGAAUUGCUGGAGGAGCUUCAAGAACAUGUGGAAUCCAUUGACAUGGCAAACGACUUGCAUGCAAUUGGUGGCUUGGUGCCUUUACUGAAUUAUUUGAAGAAUCCCAAUGCUGGGAUUAGGUCUCGGGCAGCAGAAGUGGUGAGCACUAUAGUACAGAACAAUCCGAAAAGCCAGCAGCAAGUGAUGGAAUGUAAUGGCUUGGAAAAAUUGUUGGCAAACUUCAACUCAGACGAUAAUAUGAAAGUGCGAACGAAGGCUUUGGGUGCCAUUUCAUCAUUAAUUAGAAAUAAUAAAGUAGCGACUGAUGCCUUCAGGCUUUCUAAUGGAUACGCGGGAUUGCGUGAGGCACUUGCGUCGGAGGACACCAGAUUUCAGAGGAAAGCUCUGCAGGUGAUGCAGUAUCUACUGAAGGAGACUCCAAAGGACCAUAAUGUAGCAACUCAACUGGGAUUUGUUAGAUCAUUGACAAACUUGGUGAAUAGUCCAGAUCACGACCUGCGGCAAGCUACUCUCCAAUCUUUAGUAGAGAUUAUCCGUAAUCAGGAUAAUCAGAGUUCAGGAAAAUAUGAUGACACUACCCAACUGAAGGACGUCAUUAGUAAGCGGGUAGAGGACAUCAAAAAAAUGAACAAGGAAGAUCUUGCAGCUGUGAAAGAAGAGCGAAUAUUGGUUGACUUACUUUGGCAGUUGCUUUACAAAGAACCCUCUGAGCUUAGGAAAGAGGGUUUACUAGUUACACCCGAAGACAAUGCACCACCUCCAGACGUUGCAAGUCGCACAUUUGCAUCAGGUUUGCGAGCUUUGGCAGAAUCUUCUCCUGUAGAGCCUUCGAGUGGACAAAAUGAGUCUCAAGAAGGGAAUAAGAAGACAGUUUUGUUGUUGGGCCCUUAGAUCAUGUACUCUAAACGCGGGAAAGCUUUUUGCAGUUUGCCCUUCAAUUUUCUGAGGGUGUCGUGCACAGCUAGACGCAAUUUGGUCUGUCGGCUAGCUCUCAUCGUGUACUCCACGACUCAUGAAGUUAUCUAAUCUUGCUUGUAAUGUUAAACAGGCAUUAUUCAUAUUGUA